AUGGAGGAGCAUGGGUCUGGUGCUGUAGCAACUAUUAAGAAUAAAAAGGUGUCUGUCGGGACAGUGGAUUGGGUUCGAAGGCAUGGAGUUGGUCAGUAUUUAUCUCAAGAAGUGGAGGAACUUAAGAAUCAAUCAGUUGUCUAUGUGGGAGUAGAUGGUACUCUAGCAAGUCUUAUUUAUGUUGAGGAUCAGAUCAGAGAAGAUGCUAGACAUGUUGAAUCCUUGCAUAAGCAAGGUGUCAACCUAUAUAUGCUUUUUGGGGACAAAAGGAGCACUGCUGAAUAUAUUGCAUCUAAAGUUGAAAUUCCAAGGGAAAAGGUCAGAAUUUUAUUUUUUUCAUUCGUUCCUAUUUAGGCCACUUCUUGAUGAGUAAACACCUGAAUCUUAAGGUUGAGGAAAUCUGACCUUUUGAAAUAUAAUUGUUAAAUUCAUGAGUAGAGUGGGACUUACAGACCCUACUAUGAAGAUAGUGUUUAUGAGUUUUGUAUUAGAUAAAGAAAGAAAAAUUAGAAUGAAACACAAUGAGACCAGCUAAGGUAGAAACUACCGCUGAAGAUGGGAAAGAUCCAGUUUAUAUAACCUCAAAUUGCUUAAUUUGAAGGAUCAUGGUUUUUAGUUGAGAAUAAAAUUCUGCUUUUCCUUCACUGUUAAAUUAUUGUGGGAAUUCAUUGUUUGUUUACUUUCUCAAUACAUGAGAGAAUCAUGGGCUGUAAUUAUUUAUUUAAUACUCCACAUUUUUGACUUACCAUUACUCCAUUAGGAGCCCUCAGUAGUAGCUUUUGGUUGGAGUCUCUAUUCUGGGAUUUCUCAAUCUUUCUCCA